AUGCAGCUGUCUGUUACUACUAUUAUCAGUGAUAUGAUUAUUGUUUACAUGAAUCCGUCCAGUCGCAUGUUCUUCAACCAAUGCAUCCGACCGUCUAACAGAAGUUCGAGCGAUCGAUUCCUGGAUUCGCACCAUCAGCAGCUGCUGCUUCUCUGUCACCUGGCUGCAUCCUCGAAGCACAUCCCUCUUCUCAGGCGCAGCAGCAGACUUUGCAACGCGCCACUGGUACACGAUGUCACCUUGAUGUGCUACCCUUCCGCUGGUUCCAGUGGCGAGAGUGCCGGUGUGCGCUUGAUUGCAACGCUAGUUCAAUCCCUGCUGACGCAUUAUCGAACAUCUAGAUGGGCUGAUCUGCCCGGAGGCCUCCAAGCUAUGAAGCCUCUGAAGGAGGCGCACAUGAUUACUCUUAGGCACCUUCUUUCCACUAAACAGAGCUCGUGGGUUGCCAGACAAUCUGCGCAAACUGCAGUUUCGGGUGCAGGCAAUGUAGGUGCCUCGGAUGAAUCGUCAACCAUUGACGCGGGCAUUGAUGGAAGCAAGUGGAAUCGAGAAGCCAUCGCAUAA